AUGGCUAAUCGUUUUGGAGAGUUGAGUACGGAACUUAUUUCGUGCAUAGUCUGUCUUGAUCCUAGAGAUUCUUUCGCUAGCUUUGAUCGUGAAAGACUGCUUCGUCUCGCUCAAUUAUAUCCAAAUGAUUUUGAUGAUGAGUUCAAACUGAAAGAAGAAUUGAAUCACUACAUCUCGAUAGUCACAAUACAUGAGCGUGCAUUUUUCUCUGAUCUUCAAAGUAUUGGAAACCUUGCAAAAAGAAUGGUUGAGAGAAAGUGGCACACUGCUCUUAAGUUAGUUUAUCGGCUCAUUGAGUUGGCACUAGUUUUACCCGUCGCAACUGCUACUGUUGAAAGAGCUUUCUCCUCGAUGAAGAUUAUCAAGAAUGAUUUGCGCAACAAAAUGGGAGAGGAUUUUUUGACGGAUAGCUUGGUGUGCUACAUUGGAAAGGAAAUCUUUAUCAAAAUUGAAAAUGAAGUCAUUUUGCAGAGAUUUCAGAACAUGGCGUCCCGAAGAUUUCAGUUACCGCGUGCCGAUCUUAUUAGUUCCCCCUUGGUUGGAAGCUAG